GAUUUCGCUUGUCGUUCUCAAUCCAGCGCCACGUGCGGGAAAAUAGUGAAAUAGUUUUUUUAUGUGCAAAAUUUUAUUUGAAAUUGUUUUAUUUUCCUUCUUGCAAAUUAAUUUGGAUUUACUGUGUCUAUUAUAAUUGCAAAGUACACCAGGAUACUGCGGUGAAACUCCUGAAUCCCGGUAUAGCUAUGAAAUUGUCCAUAUUACUGGAUAAGUAGUGUCUCGAGUGACUUUGUCUCAGCAAAGAUGAGUGAACUAAAGAAGCUCUCCGAGGAGAGCCUGGCUCGGCCCCCAGAGGAGGUAUUUGAUAUAAUCUGCAAAUUGGGCGAAGGAAGUUAUGGCAGUGUAUACAAGGCACUUUACAAGGAAAGUGGUGUUGUUGUGGCAAUUAAACUUGUGCCGGUGGAGUCAGAUCUGCAUGAGAUAAUCAAGGAGAUUUCAAUAAUGCAACAAUGCGACUCACCCUAUGUUGUCCGAUACUACGGAAGCUACUUCAAGCAGUGCGAUUUGUGGAUUUGCAUGGAAUAUUGCGGAGCCGGAAGUGUUUCGGACAUCAUGAGGUUGCGCAAGAAAACAUUAAGCGAAGAUGAGAUUGCUACAAUUCUCAGUGAUACGCUGAAAGGGUUGGAGUACCUGCAUUUGCGACGAAAGAUUCAUCGGGAUAUAAAGGCGGGCAAUAUCCUUCUCAAUUCCGAGGGACACGCCAAACUUGCGGACUUUGGUGUGGCAGGACAACUCACGGAUACCAUGGCGAAGCGCAACACCGUCAUUGGAACACCAUUCUGGAUGGCACCGGAGGUCAUUGAGGAAAUUGGCUAUGACUGCGUUGCAGAUAUUUGGUCUCUUGGCAUUACUGCACUGGAAAUGGCCGAAGGAAAGCCCCCAUAUGGUGAUAUUCAUCCCAUGAGAGCAAUCUUCAUGAUCCCCCAGCGUCCUCCACCGUCGUUUCGUGAACCCGAUCGCUGGACAACGGAAUUCAUUGAAUUUGUUAGUAUGUGUUUGGUAAAAAAUCCCGAAGAACGGGCUACUGCCACGGAUUUGCUGCAGCAUGAAUUUAUAAAGAAUGCCAAAUCACGAAGUAUUCUUAGGCAAAUGAUUGCCGAAGCGCACGAGAUCAGGGAGAAUCAGAGCAAUAGACAAAUAGCCAUUAAUCAGGCAAAGCAACUGCAGAAUCAACAUGAAGAAACUGAUGAUGACGACCAGGCGGUGAAUUCGAAGACAAUCAAAGAAUUCCCAGAGGAGUCGAAAACUCUUGUACCUGAGCGGAAUAAUGACACGGAUGAUGGGACGAUGAUUGCUCACACUGAUUGUGGGACCCUUCUACCGGAUAGUGGCACGAUGGUGGAAUUGGAGUCAAAUUUGGGGACAAUGGUUAUCAAUAGUGACUCUGAAGAUGCUACAAUGAAAGAACACGAUUCAGAUCCGGAAAAGCCAAAAUAUCGGCCACUAUUUAUGGAUCAUUUCGACAGGAAGGCAAAUGUGGCGGCUUCUGGUGCUGCUCAAAUGGUAGCAGAAGCACAACAUAUUGCAGAAAAUGGAGCUAGUGUGGCACCAUCAGCUCCGCCAGUUGAGCAAAUGACACCGGCACCAACGGGUAUGCAGGGAAAUAAUGAUGAGCGUCAGCGGUAUCAGUCACACCUUCAGCUGCAGCUCAAUCAAAUUUCCGCCGCAAAUGCAGCGGGAAUGCAGCAAAUGCUACACCAUCAAAUGGGAGCUGGUGGGGCGGAUAAUGUGAUCAAUUUGCAGAUGCGAAACCUCGAGAAUCCCAUGAAGUAUCAGAGAAAUUUUGUCGAUGGGGACUUUGAAUUUUUGAAAUUUCUCAGCUUCGAUGAUCUGCAACAGCGACUGAAGACGAUUGAUCAGGAAAUGGAGAGAGAAAUUGAUGAGCUCGGUAGGAAGUAUAAUGCCAAACGUCAACCAAUUCUUGAUGCCAUGGAUGCAAAGAGGAAACGCCAGCAGAAUCUCAAUAACAAUCUCAUCAAGAUUUAAAAACACCCACACAUGCAAAAAUUGUGUAUCCCUCCUCUCCACAGCUGGCUAAUUUCUGCAGAGAGGAAUUUUAUUGCUCUUUGUUUCCCAAUCAAGUGGAAUUUAAUCUUAUUAUAGUGUUGUUUGUAUUAAAAAUAAUAUCCUGCCCACCCUUAAGACAGGUAUACACAUAGAGCCACACCAGGCUUACACUCUCUCUCUCCAGUUUCUUUGGCCCACAAAUUAACGCGGUGAGUUAUAUCCCAGAUUUUUAGAUAUUCAUUAGAUGAAAUUGUAAUGAUAUUCUAGUAGGAAUUUAUUCUGCCAACACACUCAAUUGCUCUAAUGCUGAAAAUUAAUUGAUCAUUUCCCAUUUAAAAAAUAAAAUAAAAGCAUAUGGAAAUGAUUUAAAUUUUAGUGAAAAUAUUAACUCAGAGUGAGUGUCAACAAAUAAAUUAAUUAUGAAUAGAGAGAUAAAAGAAAAUGAUUGGAAACGCAAUACAAUUAACUGUGCCCGAUGUGUUAAAAGUGGUUCUGUUUAGGGAGGACCAGUAGUGUAAUCCCUUCACGAUAUGGUGAAUGAAUUAAUAAAAGCCAGAAGAAUAUUUUUGAAGGAGAAAGACUGUAAAAAAACAAAAAGAUAAUGAGAAUUAUACAUAUUUCAUAUCCUCUGCGCGUAAUGUAGAAAUCUUAGUUUUUAUAAACUAUUAUUGAGCGAUUGAGAGAAUACAAGAAAAAGGUUCUAUAUUUCCAUUGAAAUAUACAUGACUAUUAAUCAGCAAAAG